AACUUGCGGUUGCCAGCAACUGCUGUAUUUUCAGGCAGUGGAAAAUUGCUUGAUUGGAACCCAUGGCAUGGAUGUUCGUGAGGACUUGAAGGCCAUUUCGCUGCUGCUCAAUGUAGCAUCAUCAAAUUUCACCGAUGAAGCUAAGGGUUUCGCUGCCGAAAGGAAUUUCAAUGGCUUUUCUCAUCUGGGUCGGUCCCAAAAUUUGGGGUUGCUGUGAAGAUUAAUUCGCGGGAAUUUAGCUGAUGUGAAACGGCAGGAAGAAUUGCGAGAAAAAAACCCAAGUUCUUGUUUGGUCCAUCCUAUAACAAUGGAGGAGCAUACACUUGUUUGGUUGCCAAGACACCGAUGGGAAUCCUUUCAGGGUGAAAGUUACAAACAGGCUCUGAAUAUCCAAACAAAACGACAACAAACCCCAAAAGUAAACGAAUUACAGACAAAUUUCAGUUGGGUCAACCAGAAAACGAUUGAAUUUCGAACCCAUUUCAGUUUCGACGACUUCGCGAGGAAAUUGGAAGUUCUCAGACCGUUCCUUGAGGUCGAGGUUAUGGAGUUUGGACCAGGCGAAGAGACUUGUGCUGGGACCAAGCGGACCACGAUUCACCAAUCUUGGGUGCUGUGGAUCUCCACGGAGCCGCCUCCUUCUGAACCUGCUAUAUCCUGUGAAACUUCGUUAGCUUCUGAAAGAAAGCCCCACCUUUGUUCUUUUCUUCUUUCUAUUGCUAUUUAAGGUUUUACAACUGUUCCCUUCUGUUUUUCUUUUCCUCUUUUUGUUCUUAAAUUCUGUAAUAAAUAUCAAGGGUGCUUCAACUCAUGUCAGCUGCCUCAAUUUAUUGUGUGUGAGAGUUUCUUUUGGAGGAGCACUGCUUUAACGUUUUUUUUUUCUUCUUUUGAAAAAAAAAAACCUUCAUCUGGACAUUUUGUUUAUGUUUCUUUUUACUGUUUUGUUGAAAAGGGUAUUUUCUUUAAUAUCCGAGUUGUCAAGAUUGAACUUUCUGACCGAUUUUUCGAAGAACAUCGCUGUGGAAAUAUAGACCCUUUUCUUCGUCAAUUCAACUUCUACACAAUUCUUCAAUUUCUACCUCCCUUAAUCGUGAUUGUUUGAGUAUUGGAGUGGCCCUGAUACUUUUCAUGUCUGCUUUCCAUAUUUGAAAUUUGAGCAAAGAACAGCGUUUUUGAGUCUUGUUAUUUGGUGUUCUAUGUCUUGUCUAAACUUCUGAACUGAGGUAAUUUGGUUGGGGAACUUCUCACAUCAUGUUUAGUUCUGUUCAUGUAAGAUAAAAUCUUGGGUAGAAUUUGAAGUGGUAGUUUUGUUGCACCUGGACCCUAAAGGAUGAUAGCAAAUAAAAGAGGCUGAGCUUAAUUUCCAUCUAAGUGUGUAGAGAGCGUGGAAGACUCUUCAUCAUGUUUAAAAUGGAAAAGCACAUCCAGCGCCAAGACUCCAAUCUGCAGUUUAACAAAAACGUUCCAGGCUGCUUCUGGAGCAUAUUCAAUACUAUUGACUACCAUGGCUGGCACAACGUUAAAAAGAUGCUUCCUUACAGAAAGCAUUCAAGAAGCAAGGGAGGUUUCAAAUCAACUCUGAACAGCCACCACGUUGCUGAAGUGCCAGAACUUAUCAAUGAUGAAAACGAGUCUCUAAUGUGUACGGCAGAGAGUUGUCCUAUUGACAGAGCAUCUAGAGAGGCCCAUGUAAACGAAGUGAUAACUAAUGAGUUGUCAGGGGAAGAAGGCCAAAAAUACUGGAAAUUGAGUUCCAAUUCAAAACGAAGGUUCAGUCGAACACAGUCUAUACAUCAUUUAGAACCUUCGUAUCAUUCUCCAGUAUAUAAUGGUGAAAAGGAUGACAGUCAGAAACCUCCUAUGAAAUUAGCUGCAUCUGGAGUAAGCAGUAAUUCUCUGAAUGCCAUGGAUUCUGAGGACUACUUAAUCCAGAGACAAAUUGCUAUCAGAUUUACAUCUUUGACCGAAAAAUCUAAUGGAGUAAAGAAAACCUUAGAAACUAACGAGAUCAUCAGAAACAUCUCCAGUCGCUCAUAUAAGGAAGACACUCACAUCCAAGAGAUAUUUAAGGCAAAUAGAAAACUAUUUGCAGAAUUGUUACAAGGUGCACAUAGUACGAACACUCUACAAACCUCGCAAAACAAGAAGUCCCCAGCAAGUCUAGCAAAAUCAAUGUCCUUUCCUGCUCCCGGUUUAGCACGAAAAGGAUACAAAAAGCUUAGCUCACUCCAACACAAGCAGAUUGAGUCUUUUCCAAAAGUACAAAAAUCUGUUUCUCCCCAACCAUCAAAGCUUGUUGAAUCUGUAUCUCCCAAGAAUUUUCAUGAAGAUAUGACGCCUUGUGACUCUGAUAGUACAUCAAACCAUGACAUAAGACAACAAACAACCUCUUCUUCUUUGGGAUCGAAUCGUGGACUAAGGCAUGGGGGGUGGAAUCAGUUGGUUGUCAAGCGUUUCAAUUUUAUUAAGCAGAAAAUAAAGCACUCAUUCAAGGAGAGGAAGAAGGGAAAUAACCAGAAAACAUCUAAAGGAAUAUCAACCUUAGAUCCCUCUGGACCUGAACUUUCCCUUUACAGAGAAGAGGCACAUGAAAGUUUAGGAACUACUACAAACGAAGAUGGCUCAGGCACUAGAGGAUACAGUGAGAUCAGUCAUUCUGUGACUGAUUAUCUCAGUAAUGGAGGUCAAACCAAGAUAGGUAUUGAUUCAUUAAGUGCUUCUCGGGAAAGAUGUCCUCAACUUUCUGUUGGCUCAGGCAUUAUAGGAUACAGUGAGACUGAUAGAACUGAGAAUGAUAAUCUCAGUAGUAGAGUUCAAACCAAGACAAGAACUGCUUCAUUAAGUGCUUCUCUGGAAAGAUAUUCUCAACUGUCUGAGUAUGGUUUCGAUAAAAACAGAGAGGCAAAGGGUUACCACUCACGAAGCUUAAGGCUGAUAAGUGAAGAAAAAGUUCCAAAUUUAGAGAGGCCUCAAAAACGCUUUGGAAGGAAUCUUUCUUCGCCCGAUAUUGAUCUCUUUUGUACAUUAUUUACUGACCCUCAUGUCGUUUCUCGCACAGAAAAACCAAAGAGGGGUUUGGUGCAUUCCAGUACAGAUAAUAAUAUUCGAACAGAUGAGAAUUCAACCCAUCACACACAAAUUUCUGAACCAUUGGAUAGUGAUUCACAGUGUAUGAUGGAAAGAGGUGAGGACAACAUGCAUGUUGAUUAUUCAGGUAGUUUAAACGAGAUCACAAAUGAUGAGGGAAUUGCUUGGGCAGACGUGCUCAAGGAAAGAAUACCUCACCUAGAUAUUUUGGAUGGUAAACACCAUCAAGUAUCGGGUAAUGAACGCAUAGUUGAAGAUGCCAGUGAGACUGCUGAUCAAGUCAGCGAGCUUUCACACGUCAAUCAAGUCUUAGAACUUGGAACUUGUUUCCAAGAUGAUGAAACUUCCAAGUUCUCUGACUCUCAAGGUGCAAUACUAAAUCCUGGGUGCAGUAUAGCAAAUGAGCUUGAACCUUCGGAUGACCAACAUAACGAGGCUGGGACAGAAGCUUUACCAGCUUUUGAAACCAUCGUCAAUCAUGAGAUAGUUGAUGAUGCUGAAAAAAUUUCUAACUGUCUCUAUCUGCAUUCCGAACUUGGUAGAAUCAAUAAUGCAGACUUCAACUAUAUGAGGCAUAUUCUUCAGCUCUCCAGCUUUAUCGAAAAUGGUCACACAAUAGACCGACCACUCAAUUCUUCGAUAUUUGAGGGAGAGGAGGCUCACUUCUACAAAAAACUUGAAUGCUAUUGGGAUAAGGUUGACAAAGAUUCUGAUCACCAGCUUCUGCUCGAUUUAGUUAACGAGACAUUACAUAAUGUAUAUGAAAAAUCAUUCAUUUGUUUCCUCAAGACCUUCUCCUCAAGAAGCCAAAUCCGUCCAGUGGCACUUGGGCAGUAUCUUCUUGAGGAGGUCCGAGAAAGAGUUUCCUGGUACCUGUGCUUGGGACCAGAACUAGACCAAUCUUUAGAUGAUGUUGUGGGGCGAGAUCUAAGAAAAGGUGAUGAUUGGAUGAACCUUCAAUCUGAAACAGAGCAUAUAGCACUUGAGUUGGAGGAUUUGAUUCUUGAUGAGCUUUUAGAUGAAGUACUAAAUUUAUAGGAUUUUUCUGGUUAGAUCUUGUUGAUACUGUAUAGUGGCAAUCUCCAAAUCUGUGUACAUAAGUCCUGGUUGCAGAAAGUAAACAUUAGAGAAUUUAGAUACAGUCAUAGUUUGUUUUCUUUUUUGAUUCCCUCUAAGGAGGGGAGAGAGGGUUAGAAUCUGAGAAUUUCCAAUCUUAUGUAAUCACAUAUUUCUAUUAUCCAUACAUGUGGCUUAUUUGAUUCUUCCCUA